AAACUUUCUAAGUAAACGUCAGUUGUGUGUACACCUCGAAACUUUCUUUAUUUCUAGUUUUUCUAGUUUUCUAACUUAAAGUUUCACCUAAUUACUUCUAUCUUACAAGAAUUAAGUUAUCGUAAAUGCUCGGCAAAAGCUCAAGUAUGAGUUCUGUCAAGUUUUCCAAGAAAUAGACCUUGUAAAACGAGAUUGAGGAACCAUCUCAAUGAUGGUUCCUCAACAGCAAAGGAGGAGGCGAAGACGGGCAGCUCUUCCUCGGACAGCUGAGCGUCGUUUGGUGGUGGCCCGUGGGGCUAUCGGGUUCGGUUUUACAAUAGCGGGACAGCGUCCGUGCGUGGUAUCUGCAGUAACAUCAGGAGGGCCGGCCGAUCGCGCUGGCCUGAGAGCUGGAGACGCAUUAUUGGCAGUGGAUGGUGCGAACGUGGCCAGGGCUCCUCAUGCGUCUGUGGCGAGGCUCGUGGCGGCCGCGCCGGGCGCUAUAUCGCUGAGUGUAGCACCGAGGGAGUCCCCGCCGACGGAUACUGAGGAUACAGAGCCUGAUGAGCGCGCGAGGACGAGGAGGAGGCAUCCCCCGCCGCGCCGCAGACCACAGAUAAUGCAUCAUCCAGGAUGCCACGCGGCGCCGAGUACGUCGGGCGUUAACGAGAUCCUCCAAAACCUAUCGCGGGCCCAGCUGACCCCAGCGCAGAUGGUCCGCCUCGAGUGCCGCGCCGUCGUCGGCUACCUGGGCACCAUAGAGACCCCCCAAGCGGCCGCCAACGCGGCUCCUGGUAACGUCAGAACCGCGGUCAGGAAGCUGAGGCAAGAGCGACGACCUGCCACACCUGUUUUGCUAUCUGUACUCCCUAAUUCUUUACUCCUUCGACGCCCUUCAGGUCAGAUACUAGCUCAGUAUCAAAGAGAGAGGAUAGUCUACGCUGGGUGCGGGUCAGAAGCCGAUAGAAGGUUUUUUGGUCUAGUGACGUCGGCAGAAACAUCUGAAGCCGAGGAGUCGCAUAGUUGUCACGUCUUCGCAGUGGAUCCCAGAAUGGCUGAGCAUGAAGCUCAUAUUGCCAGAGCCAGAGAGUUUCAAAUCAUCUGCACGCGGGAUCCAGUAGCAGACAGAUGUCUAGAGUUUCCACCGUCAGCGGAAUAUAUCGUUGGAGUUAUCAGAGGAAUGUACUCGUUGCCUGCAGACGAUUGUCUAAGCCCAAACUUGCAGCAGAUAUCCAGAUUAGCCAUUAAAGGUGAAAGUCCUCUAGCAGGGAAUUUCGCUCGAUGCAAUCGCCCUGUGUUCAGAAUACCUCGAGAUAGGGGACCCUGUAGGCACGAGGACGCGAGAAUCGAAGGGCAAGAUUUCGUGGCUAAUUCUCCUCAACCGAGCAACCAUAGCGAAGUGACCACGACUUCCAGCAACAGCGAUUCUGGCAUAGGCUUCCAUAAUGACUGUCGGAACAUCGCUGAUCGGAUAUUAGUGGUUGAUUUCGCUCAGCAAGCGCCACCUGAUAGAUUCAGACAAGACAUGCCUAGGCGACCGCUCGGAUUAGUCGGCUGCAGCAGUUUUGACGCUGAUGGAUCGUUUCUCUCGAAUACGACUCCUGUAGUCGACGGUUUUGCCGGACAAGGCAGGCCGUUGAACCUCGACGACGUGAUUCUAAAUUCAAACGAUUUGCAGCCAGUACUUCACGUGAGUCCUCGUAAAGAAGAUGACAGCUAUAAUUACAAUCUAUACGGGAACGUUGCUUCAAGUUCCAAAUCGAAUGGAGUUUACGAUCGAGUUUACACAGAGAAUGAAAGGCACUAUGAGUUUGUGCCGCAAAAUCUCGAUAUGGGCUUGGAGUUAGACCGUGUAGCUGAGACGUUUAAUUCUGUUGAGAUAUACGAGGAAAGGUCGAGGCAAGCGGCCGAUUGGCACUCGACCGAAUCCGUAGAGAAUGCUACAGUGAUAUCGGGUCAUAGUAAAGCGAGUAUGGAUUCCUUGUCUGUGUAUUCGACGAGGAGUCACGAAGAAACUCGACCGCCGUUGAGGAGGCACCUUCAAGCGUCGCUGGACGAUAUGCUGGUGCUUGGUUUGAGAGAAGAAUGUGAGAAGAAAAAGGAUGAGGGGAAUUUCGUACAUCCCGCGACUGUUAAAUACAAGGUUCGCAAACCGAAGCCUCUGAACAUAAUCUCGAAGACGAAGCAGAUCUUCACCGGCAAAGAACGUUCUCGAUCAGAACAGCGGUCCAAGGAGCAGAAGGAUCAAGACAACUUGACGUGUGCGGCCAGCGAACCUGAUCUAAGGGAUAUGGGGGUAAGUCUGUUAGAAUCACCUUUUCUACCUUCAAGGUGAAGCAAUAUGUGCUCUAUUGUUUAGUGAUAAGGUUUAUAGUCGAAUGGUGCAAAGAACGCUCUCGAUCAGAACAGCGGUCCAAGGAGCAGAAGGAUCAAGACAACUUGACGUGUGCGGCCAGCGAACCUGAUCUAAGGGAUAUGGGGGUGAGUCUGUUAGAAUCACCCUUCCUACCUUCAUGGUGAAGCAAUAUGUGCUCUAUUAUUUAGUGAUAAGGUUUAUAGUCGAAUGGUGCAAAGAACGCUCUCGAUCAGAACAGCGGUCCAAGGAGCAGAAGGAUCAAGACAACUUGACGUGUGCGGCCAGCGAACCUGAUCUAAGGGAUAUGGGGGUAAGUCUGUUAGAACCACCCUUCCUACCUUCAUGGUGAAGCAAUAUGUGCUCUAUUAUUUAGUGAUAAGGUUUAUAGUCGAAUGGUGCAAAGAACGCUCUCGAUCAGAACAGCGGUCCAAGGAGCAGAAGGAUCAAGACAACUUGACGUGUGCGGCCAGCGAACCUGAUCUAAGGGAUAUGGGGGUGAGUCUGUUAGAAUCACCCUUCCUACCUUCAUGGUGAAGCAAUAUGUGCUCUAUUAUUUAGUGAUAAGGUUUAUAGUCGAAUGGUGCAAAGAACGCUCUCGAUCAGAACAGCGGUCCAAGGAGCAGAAGGAUCAAGACAACUUGACGUGUGCGGCCAGCGAACCUGAUCUAAGGGAUAUGGGGGUAAGUCUGUUAGAACCACCCUUCCUACCUUCAUGGUGAAGCAAUAUGUGCUCUAUUAUUUAGUGAUAAGGUUUAUAGUCGAAUGGUGCAAAGAACGCUCUCGAUCAGAACAGCGGUCCAAGGAGCAGAAGGAUCAAGACAACUUGACGUGUGCGGCCAGCGAACCUGAUCUAAGGGAUAUGGGGGUAAGUCUGUUAGAAUCACCUUUUCUACCUUCAAGGUGAAGCAAUAUGUGCUCUAUUAUUUAGUGAUAAGGUUUAUAGUCGAAUGGUGCAAAGAACGCUCUCGAUCAGAACAGCGGUCCAAGGAGCAGAAGGAUCAAGACAACUUGACGUGUGCGGCCAGCGAACCUGAUCUAAGGGAUAUGGGGGUAAGAAUUCAUUAUUUACUUCAAGAACUGCCAAUGUCAACAGUUGUAAGUUAAAUUUAUUUAUUUCUUCGUUUCACCGAAUAGACAGACUCUUAUUUUGCUGUAGAUAUUGUUUGUACUUUUAAUCAAUAACUUUGAUGCCCGAUUUGGUAUGAUUCAAUUUAAUUUACUUCUGAUUGAACGGAAUUAUAUAAAACAAAAUGAAAUAAAAUCAACUGAACCCGCCUGGCGCUUCCGGCUUGUUAAUUUUCCCACAAGACGUGGAUGCAAAACGCGGUCGUUCCAGCAUCUUGUGAUGUGAAAACUCCAUUUGGUUGUGUGCUCCUGGUCUGAUAUUCGUUAGCUGUCACGUCGUGACGGAAUGGCCGGCGCUAUGCAAACUGAAUACCUUUG